AUGAAAUGCGUCAAAUCAAAUCGUAUCUGCGAGGGCUACCUCGACUCGGGACUGCAUCUCACGCCGCAGAGAUAUAACCAAGUCCAAAACAUUUCCCGUCCAGCUGGCGGCGGCAGCAGUGGCGACGGCGGGCAAAUUGCCCUUACCGCACAGCGCCGGACCCCUGACCACCGCGUUAUGAUCACCCCGGGCUACGAGACGGCCCUCUUCCAGAACCAGCGGCAGUGGGACUCGUUUCAGUCUUUCAUCGUGAACCUGGAGCAGGGGGCCACCGUCCUCAAGAACCACGUGGCCGAGAUGACGCCGCAGUACGCCAACCACGAGAUCGCCAUCCGGGAAAUCUGCUCCGGCAUCGGGGCCCUGGGGAAAUCCUUCCACCCGGUCGUCGGCGACAGGCUCGUCAGCGCAGAGUACCGUGCCGCGCUGGAGCAUUACGGCCACGCUGUUAAGGCCGUCUUCAGCGUCAAGGCGACGGCGUUUACGCUGCCGUACAUGGUGCUGACGUCGAUGCUGUUUACCACGUUUGAGAUGAUGGCGGGGAACCCGGAGGCUGCGUCGAAGCAUCAUAACCAUGCCGUUGCUAUGAUGGAUCAGUAUAUCAGUCUACGGUUGGAGGAGGAUGGCGUGCCCUUUGAACAGGUUCGGCUUUCUGAGCUCGAGUCCGCCCUGUUCGAUACCUUGCAGAGACUUGAUACGCAUCCGUGGGCCAUGAGUUUCGGCCCAGAGGGGAUCCGCGUCACGGCGCGGGCGCGAAACUUCCCUCACGGGUGUAGACAUAGAUACAAGAUGGAAGACAUGCCUUCGAACCUCACCGACAUCACCGAAGCGUCGCGGUGGUGGCAUCAAACGCAACACGCCAUGAUGCACUCUCUCCACGGCCUCAAAUUCAAAUCCCCCAACAGCAAUCCCUCCGACGGUCCCUCCAACGACGCUGCCAUCUGGAAAGAGUCAGCCAACCUCCUCCAAACCUGGCACGCCAGCUUCUUCCCCCUCCUCCAAACCUCGCGCCAGCAACGAGACCGCAACCCGCACCGCUGGUUCCAAGCCAUGACCCUCGAGUCCCUCUACGUCGAGAACCUGGCCGCCAUCUACAAGCGGCACAAGCUCGACGCCAACGUCCUCCCCGCCGUGACGCCGCUGUACCGCGACAUGAUCGGCCACGCGCUGCAGCUGGCGCGGAAGGAGAAGCUCAACGGCCUGGAGACGCUGGUGCUCGAGAACGAUCUCAUCCGGCCGAUGGCGUUUGUGGUGUACAAGUCCCGGGCGGACCCGGAGAUUAUGAACGGGGUGACGGACGUGUUGCAGGAGUUUGUCGGGGGCGUGGAAUAA